AUGACAUUUGAUCGACAAGACAACCCUGGCAGUAAUGCUUCAAUUCAUUCCACAUUAUCUGACUCAGAAGUUAUUGAAACUACUCCUCUCCUUGGAUCAGCAGAAUUACCCAAGCCAAAUGCUUCCAAACCAUCUCCAUGGUAUAUCAUUAUUCCCGUAUUUCUCUGGGCCAUUGCUACAAGUUCUUCUCUGGCUGCUCAACUCGAAUUCGCUACUAAAAUCUUUUGCAACAGAUAUUACCAAUCCAACAGUGGUGGUAUGGGAGGAAGUCUAAAUGACGAUGGUACAAUCCCAAUUGUGGAUUGCGCUGUCCCUGAAGUCCAGAGCGCUGUGUCACAAGCACUUGCCGUCAUUUCUUUCCUGGUUUUUGGUUGCGCCCUCGUUGUGUCUGGAUACUACGGAAGAUUGUCUGACCGAAAAGGACGCACGGUUAUUGUGAGAGUCUCUAUGCUUGGAAGUAUUCUUGGUUUAAUCUGCCUUAUCCUCACCGGAAAAUACCAGUCAGUAUUUGGUAUCUCUCUGUUGUACAUCAGCCCUUUCUUCCGAGGUUUCCUGGCCGGAGAAACUAUAUUAAUGGCAUCCAUUCAAGCCUACAUUACAGAUACUACCGAUGCUUCGGUCAGAACGCUUAUGUUUGGUCGCAUGAUGGCAUCUGUAUAUUUUGGAUUUACUAUUGGUCCUAGUCUGGGUAGUUUUAUCAUUAAGACAACCGGCAGUAUCUAUGCAGUUCUGUACUUUGUAAUGGGAGUAUACGCUUUCAUUGGUUUUUACGCUUGCAUUAUGCCCGAGUCAAAUGUAUUUAUUACCGAGAAUGAGGACAACAAUGAAAGCAACACAGCCUGCGACGGAAGCGGAAAGAAAAAAUACGUGUCUUUCCUAGAGCAGAUCAAUGUCUUUGCUGCCCUCACAAUCCUCAGUCGCACGCACAGCCAGCACAUCAGCCGACAUGCGCUUCCUAUCCUUACUGCCAUCAACACAAUCCUCACCGUGAUCCUGACCCCACCAGUCUUACUCUAUGCCAUGCUCCAGUUUGGCUGGGGUGCCUAUGAGGGUGGUCUGUUCAUCAGUCUGUCGUCGUUUGUCCGUCUAAUCAUCCUGAUCUGUUUACUGCCAGUCCUCAACACGUUGUUCAAGAAGUGGUGCGAGAGGAAACUUUCGGAUGAUACUCAUGUAGCUAAUUGCUCUUCGACGUCUGCCGAAAUUGAAGAAAAGAGAAUCUACCGUGCAGCCAUGUUCGAUAUCUGGAUGGUGCGCUCAGGAACCAUGAUUGAGGUCACUGGACUGAUUCUGAUGGGACUUUCAUUCAACGCUUUCGAAUUCACUUCAUCGGCAAUUAUCCAUGGCUUUGGGUUGAUUACACAGCCUUCCCUUCGAUCGCUCCUCAUUUCAUCCGUCAAUCCUACUGAAGUAGGAGAGCUGCUGGGUGCCAUUUCAGCUGUAGAAGCCUUUGCAAUGAUGUUUUCUCAACUUAGUAUCAAUGCAAUUUACAGUGCUUCGGUAAGCACAAUGCCCACCCUCGUUUUCUUUGCCUGCGCAGGUUUCGCAGGGUUGGCCUCUCUUAUGGCAUUCCUCAUCCACCCAACUAAGGAAGAAGUUGAUGUCGAGACUUCUUCCAAGAAAUAA